UUUUUAUAUUUUUUCAGGUUCCACAUGAUGGUAAUAUUUUUAAAUUUUUUUUCAAAAAAAAUUUUUAAAUGUUUUUUUUUAUUUUGGGUCCAAUGUGUGACUUGUUAUGGUCUGAUCCAGAGGAUUCUGUUGGUUUUGGUGUAAGUCCUCGUGGUGCUGGAUAUUUAUUUGGUUUGGAAUUUUUAAUAAAUUUUUUUAUUGAAUUUGGGGGAGUCUUUCUAUCUCAGGAAACUAUAGAAAUUUUUAAAUAUUUUUUGUUCCAUUAA